CGUUCCCUCAGCGAGCGCGCGCGCGCGCCCCCGCCCCCCCCGCGCGCGCCCCCGGCCCGCCGCCGGGAUGUGCGACAAGGAGUUCAUGUGGGCCCUGAAGAACGGAGACCUGGACGAGGUGAAGGACUAUGUGGCCAAGGGCGAAGAUGUCAACCGGACGCUGGAAGGUGGCAGGAAGCCUCUUCAUUAUGCAGCAGACUGUGGGCAGCUGGAAAUCCUGGAAUUUCUGCUACUAAAAGGAGCGGAUAUUAACGCUCCAGAUAAACAUCACAUCACCCCUCUCCUAUCUGCUGUCUACGAGGGUCAUGUUUCCUGUGUGAAAUUGCUUCUCUCAAAGGGAGCAGAUAAGGCUGUGAAAGGCCCCGAUGGAUUAACUGCCUUGGAAGCCACUGACAACCAGGCAAUCAAGACUCUUCUUCAGUGAUGGACGGACGGACGGACGGACUGAUACCUAUUUGAAUGCCUCUCCUGUGGCCUCACACUGCUGCCUGUCUGUCUGUCUGUCUCACUCUAUCUGCCAGCUUCUUCAGCUAGAUACUUUAAAGGGGGAUAGGGGAGAGAGGGGGGAGAAAAAAAUAUAUAAAUCAGAUGAUCAGAAAAGCUCCAAUUUGGGGAGGGGGGGGGGGGGGGACGAUCCAUUGAUUCGACCCCAUUUGGGGACCUGAUACGGGGGCCGCCCCUCCCCUCCAUUUGUAGUCAGAUUCAACUUGUCCUCACGUGAGGGCAAGAAACAAACUCUCUUUUUUAUCCAAUUGAGGCGUGAAGCUCCCUAGAAUUGGUCAGGGCGGGAAGUGCUGAUUUGAGAAGGCUUCUUAGGCAGCCCUGACCGUAGGGAGCGGGUUGUGGCUGCUGGAAUGUCAAAUUAAGGUGCUGAGACAUACAAUUAGCUCUAGCCCUCUGCCUUAAGGAUGCACUGAAAGGAGAAGGAUUUUUGGGUCUCAAGAAGCCUAGGCAGCGGCCUUCUCCCCGUCUGGUUGGUGACCGAACCUUUCCUCCGUGGCUUUGACUCACCCAGGGGAGAGCUCAAACCAGGUGGGCAGGUAGGCCCCCUUCCCCACCCCACCCCCCAAAAAAAUCCAUUGGUUGAACUUUCAAUUUCCUCUCCCCUUCCACUUGGCUUUCACAUGUCCUGGAGUAGAACCGGCUGAGCCUCUAGGUUGGAGGGAUGGAGGAGAAAUAGCAUUCCAGGGUUUCUCCCGAUGGUAGCAGUUGGAAUUUCCAAAGACGACAAUUAGCCUGGGUCUUAGGGGGAAAGCCCAGCGGAGGUACGUUUUGCCGCCCGCAAUAAGCAAGGAGGGGCGAGGGGACAGAGAAGGACUGAUGUUUCAGCCCGCUCAAACGCAAAGAUCAAGUUCUCAAAUCACCGGCGAAAUUCCUCCAAGCCCUGCUGGCAGGGAAGGGGGAAGUUAAAAAGUAGAAUCCUGACUAGAAAUGGGCCCCGCAUCAAAGGUAAGAGAAAUGAGCUCAGUAGAAAAUGAGGAUUUUCCUCUUCUGAUUCUAUAGCAGUUGCCUAUAUGGCAUUGUUAAUUGGCUUCAGUUUUGUUUAGAGAGCAGAGGAGACUUUUCUCAUAUCCUUUCUCUCCGCUCUCAUCAAGGGUUUCGAUUUUUUUUCUCUUUUGUCUAUUUUAAGGUCUCGAAUCAGGCUACUUAUUUGCACUAGCACCCGAUCUGGACAGAAUUCAAACACCCCCUCCCCCCAUUUUUUUAAUCAAUGAGCUUCUCCCCCUAAUUUCUGCCACAUACGAGCUCAACCUCCUGAAAACAGUGGAUCUGUAAUUUUUGUCCCUGGAAUCGCACAGGCCGUUCAGGGAGACACUUUAAAGUGAACCCUGUAACCUUCGGGAUCCAAGAACAAAGCCACGCUCUGGUAUUCUCUUGCCCUUCCAAAACUUCCGUACAGGAUGCAGGUCCUGUUUCCUGAGAGGGAAAGGCUGAUCCAAACCCAAAUCUCCUAUUUCAGUGUCUCCUCCGCUUGAAGCGGAGACCCAGAAGGAGGGCAAGCUCUAAAGAGAGAGCUUUCGGGAUUGUCACUUAGAUCAACCGCCUGAGAAACAGUAGGGUUUUGUAACCAAAUCGCCCACGCUGUCGACUGGAACCCCGGCUACAAAAGCCGUCACCCUGGAGAGCGUGACAGGGCAGCAGCAUCGAGUGAAGAUUUUUCUACGUAACGCAGUGUCCUGCAGGAGAGUUGAAUUCUUACCGGGAAUACAAUCAGCCUGGCCUGUAACAAAUCACACGGAGCAAAUCCUGACAGGUUGGGAUUGAGUUCGUGUGUGUGUUUUUUUUUUUCCUUUCCCUCUUAUCCCCAUCCAGUCCUGCAACGUCUCCUAGCCUAGGAAGCCAAACCCGAACUGUGAGGUGAAAAGGAUUUGAGCCUAUUUGGCUACUUCUGCUGUCUUAAUACAGCUCUUUUUUUUUUGUACCUCACCUCCAUAACCAGCGCCGGGACGCAUCGUGGCUUCUGAUAAGGAUAGGGUCAUUGUUGCAGGGGUCACCCCCAUUCGGUUUAGAACUGUAGUUUACCUCAGUUCAGCUAGGGCCGUGCAUGUGGAUUAUUUUUGGCUUUUCUUCCCCCAACCUCCCCCCACCCCCCCGCUGGCAUAAAACUAGUGUUCCGCUUCUUUUCGUGCUAUUAAAAAGGCAAUUCAUGAGUGUAAUUUUC